AGUGGAUUUCCUGACAGCGUACUAGAACUCAGACAAGGAAUGUAUCUGUAAUUUUGAAGACUAUUUAAGGCGUAAGAAAUGUUAUCAAUGAAGAAUAACAGGGAAAUGGAUAUUUAUAGAAGACAGUAUAAAUCUCAAGAGUUUGCACGUGAACUCAACAAGCGCGAGCAACGCCGUCUUGACCAGGAAGUUGGUGGGAGAGGUGGUAUAGAGGCUGAAUACAGAUUCAACCUUGACAAGGUUAACCAAGAACGAAAGGAGAUAGAGAGAGAACUGAAUAAAAUCCGAGGCGGCGUUCACAAACAGCUUACACAUCAUGCUACCUUGUCAAGCGAUAAGAAAUUCCAUCAUCCGAAAUUCAAGGAUUUUGGAAUGAAAGACACAAGCGGCAGGAGUCCAAGGUUGCAACGAAAGGCUUUGCCAGAAAGCAACUCACGCGAGAAAGAUCCAAGCCCAAUGGACGCUGAGAUGCUUAUUGAGUACCUCCAGAGUUUUAAUAAGGCGCAUGCGCAAGAUAAUAAUGGUAUUUCUGAUGGGAUCAAAGGUUCAGGUCGCUUCAUACAAAAUAAAUAUAAUGAUCUUCCACAUGUGCAAAUAAAUCCAUUGAUAAUAUCAGAUCAGUCGGAAACUAUUGAAGCGGAAAAUUCAAAUGACUCUGAGGAACAGAAGCAAUAUAUACAAACAUUAAGUGACAGUCAAUCGCAAGGCACCCUAUCUGUCGACCACACUGAUACGAAGGAGACAUCCCUAGAAAGACAACAGAAAAACGAAAGUGGAGAAACAACGUCGGGGAUGAGUUCACCUCGGCACAGCCCAGUCAGGCGUUUGUCGGUAGACAAAGGAAAGCACAUCGCGCCAGGAACCAGUCCUCCAAGACAUUUCUCAGCCAGAAGACUGUCAACUGAUAAAGGAAAAAAUACAUCCCCCGUAUUCAACGAUGAUGUUCAUGGACCCCAACGACACAAUCCAACUAGGCGACUCUCAACGGAUAAGGGAAAAUAUGCAACCCCUCCAGGCAACGAGGAUAUUCAUGCUCAUCCAAGACGCAGCCCAACAAGGCGACCCUCAGCGGAUAAGGGAAAACAUAUAACCCCUCCAGGAAAUGAGGAUAGUCAUGGUCAUGUAAGACACAGUCCAACGAGACGACCCUCAGCGGAUAAAGGAAAACAUACAACCCUUCCAGGCAAUGAGGAUAGUCAUGCUCAUGUACGACACAGUCCAACGAGACGAUUAUCUACAGAUACAGGGACACAUCCGUCACCCUUACAUGUAGCAGAUGAGAGACCGAAUUCUCCACCGUGCACACAAUCAGAAAAUGUGAAUGAGACUGAAAUUGCAAGUGUUUGGAAAGAAGCAGACGUUGAGAAAGUGGAAACACAACCUAAAGUUCCAGCGGAAGAAGAAGAAAAAACAAAACCUAAUAAACUUGUGAUCGGACCAGAGUCUUUUAAUCCAGACGGCUCGCUAAAAACUAUGUACACGGUACCCCCUUUUGAACAGUCUUGGGAAGAAGCUAGGAAGGCGAGAUACAUCAGAACCCGUGAACCAUUGGAAAGGGAUCGACAGUUAACCACUAAUGAAAUAUUUGAUAAAUCUUCAUAAACUCUGGAAUUUAAGCCGUAGAUACACAGGCUAGUCUGUGAUUUUAUUUGUUCUUAAUUUAAAACUUGUAACACAUUAAUUAAAAAAAUUAACAUUGCCGUAUAAUGUUAUCUUCACAACCAAUCAAUCUAAUUGGAUGUUUUAUGUAUUUGGAGUACUUCAUUUUACGAUUGAUUACGUAUAAUGAAUUAUUUUGGACUGGUUUCAUAUUAUGUUUUGACGUAUAAAUAUGUUAUGAUGAACAUAUUUGGAUCCUUCUUAUGAGAAAAAAAGCUUUACAACAGUGCAUUAAUAAGUACCUAGACAGCUCGUGUUUCAUUCUAAAGUAUAAACAUGUCAUUUUAAUGACAUUUAAUGGACAGAGAAAAAUAAAAACAUCAAACAGCUUUUUACCUGGGUGUUUUGAAGAAAUAAUUUUUUA